CAGGUGAGCGAAGAGCUCAGGACACACCCCCUCGCUCACUGGGCGAGAUCCCUCCAUCAGAGUGAGGAUCAGAAGGAGCUGAGCUCAGCUGGAAGCUUCACCUGCAAACAUGGACACAAGUCUUCAGAGCAGAGGAGAGACGCUCACAGUUCUGUUGUUGACACGAACCACCCAUGAUGAUGCUCUAAAGCCCCUCAGGGUGAGGACCAUGGCAGCCAGACCAGAGCUCAGAGAACAAAGCCACUCACAUCAGAAGCUGCUGGACGAGGACACGGACCUGGACCUGCUCCCAGCUGUGUGUCUCUGAAGAGUGACAGGUCUAUGGGAGGAAGAAUGAACUUCAGAGGAGGACAGGACCAUCAGAGCAGAAGCAGGAUUAAUCAGGAGAAACCAGAAGAGUCUGAACUCAGCUGUGUGUCUCUGAAGAGUGACGCAUCGAAGAUUCUUGAUGUCAAUUUGAAAGGAAGACAAGAGCCUUUGGGAGAAAGAGAGGAUCAGCAGGUCUCAGAUGUUCUCAGUCUCCAGUGUGUCCAGCAGCAUCAGACAGAUCUGGACUCCACACUUCAGCUGCUUGAGGAGACUGUCAUGACCCUGGUGAAGAAGGAAGUGAGGAGAGUCCAAAGGUUCCUCAGUGCAGAUGAUCCCAAAUACCAGGAUGAUGAGGAAGAGGUGAAGGUGACGUGUGAUGAGGAGCAGAUGAGGAGCAGCAGAGAAGCUUUCCUGGACUUCAUCAUGAACCUCCUGAGGAGCAUGGAGGAGGAGGAGCUUGCUAGUCGUGUGUGGAGCAGAAGUCGUGGUGGAGCGUGUGCAGGACGACUGAAGAGGAGCCUGCAGAAGAAGUUCCACAGUGUGUUUGAGGGGGUGGCUAAAGCAGGAAACUCCGCCCCUCUGAAUCAGAUCUACACAGAGCUCUACAUCACUGAGGGGGGCACAGACCAGGUCAACCAGGAGCACGAGGUCCGACAGAUCGAAGCAGCAACCAGGAACCAGACCAGAGCAGAAACUACCAUCAGACAAGAAGACCUCUUUAAAGCCUCACCUGAGAGAGAGGGACCAAUCAGGAGCCUGCUGACGAAGGGCGUGGCUGGCAUUGGGAAGACCCUCCUGACACAGAAGCUGACUCUGGACUGGGCUGAAGACAAAGCCCACCAGAACUUCCAGCUCAUGUUUCCUUUCACCUUCAGAGAGCUGAACCUGCUGAAAGACAAGAAGUUGAGUUUGGUGGAACUUGUUCAUCGCUUCUUUCCUGAAACCAAAGAAUCAGGACUCGGCAGCUUUGAAGGAGUCCAGGUUCUGUUCAUCUUGGACGGUCUGGACGAGUGUCGACUCCCUCUGGACUUCAACAGUCGGGUCCUGACAGAAGCUACAGAGUCCACCUCAGUAGACGUCCUGCUGACCAACAUCAUCAGGGGGAAGCUGCUUCCCUCAGCUCACCUCUGGAUAACCACCCGACCUGCAGCAGCCAGUCAGAUCCCUCCUGAGUGUGUGGACAUGGUGACAGAGGUCAGAGGGUUCACGGACCUCCAGAAGGAGCAGUACUUCAGGAAGAGGUUCAGAGAUGAGGAGCAGACCACCAUCAUCUCUCACAUCAGGAGCUCACGAAGCCUCUACAUCAUGUGUCACAUCCCCAUCUUCUGCUGGAUCACUGCCACAGUUCUGGAGGACAUGUUGAAGAGCAGAGAGACCAGAGAGCUGCCCAAGACCCUGACUGAGAUGUACAUCCACUUCCUGGUGGUUCAGGCCAAAGUCAAGAAGAUCAAGUACCAUGGAGGAGCUGGGAUAGACACAGUUUGGGAUCCUGAGAGCAGGAAGAUGAUUGAGUCUCUGGGAAAACUGGCUUUUGAGCAGCUGCAGAGAGGAAACUUGAUCUUCUAUGAAUCAGACCUCACAGAGUGUGGCAUCGACAUCACAGCUGCUGCAGUUUACUCAGGAGUCUUCACACAGAUCUUCAGAGAGGAGAGAGGACUGUACCAGGACAAGGUCUUCUGCUUCAUCCACCUGAGUCUUCAGGAAUUUCUGGCUGCUGUUCAUGUCCACCUGAAGUUCUUCAAAUCUGGAGUCAAUCUGCUUGAUUCACAACAAACAUCUGUACUGACAAGACUCUUUAGAAACAAACGUCUUCCAGGACAGUUCUACCAGAUAGCAAUAAAUGAAGCUGUAGAAAGUCCAAAUGGACAUCUGGACUUGUUCCUGCGCUUCCUUCUGGGUCUUUCUCUGCAGAGCAGCCAGAGUCUCCUUCCAGGUCUGUGGACACAGAUAGGAAGUAACUCCUGGACCCAUCAGGACACAGCAGAGCUCAUCAAGAAGAAGAUCAGUCAGAAAGUGUCUCCAGAGAGAAUCAUCAAUCUGUUCCACUGUCUGAGUGAAGUGAAGGACACUUCUCUGGUGGAGCAGGUCCAACAGCAGCUGAGAUCAGGACGUAUCUCCACAGAGCAACUGUCUCCUGCUCAGUGGUCCACCCUGGCCUUCAUCUUACUGUCCUCAGAGGAAGAUCUGGAGGUGUUUGACCUGAUGAAAUACUCUGCUUCAGAGGAGGUUCUUGAGAGGCUGCUGCCUGUGGUCCAAGCUUCAAAGGAAGUUCUACUGAGAGACUGUCAGCUGUCAGAGAGAAGUGGUUCCCUUCUGUCCUCAGUCCUCAGCUCUCCGUCCUCUCGUCUGACACAACUGGACCUGAGCUACAACUAUGACCUGGAGGAUGCAGGAGUGGAGCUGCUGUCUGCUGGACUGAAAAGUCCACACUGUCACCUGGAGACUCUCAGCCUGAGCUGCUGUGAACUGUCAGAGAGAAGUGGUUCCCUUCUGUCCUCAGUCCUCAGCUCUCCGUCCUCUCGUCUGACACAACUGGACCUGAGCUACAACUAUGACCUGAAGGAUCCAGGAGUGAAGCUGCUGUCUGCUGGACUGAAGAGUCCAUACUGUCCCCUGGAGACUCUCAGUCUGUCAGGGUGUGGGAUCUCAGAGAGAGGCUGUGCUUCUCUGGCCUCAGCUCUGACCUCUAACCCCUCCCAUCUGAGAGAGCUGGACCUGAGCUUCAACCAUCCAGGAGGACCAGGACUGGAGCUGCUGUCUGCUGGAGUGGAGAGUCCAGACUGGAGGCUGGAGACUCUCAGGCUGGAUCACUGUGGACCACAGAGGUUAACAUCUGGACUGAAGAGAUACUUCCGUCCACUCUCACUGAACCCAGACACAGCUCACCAGCGCCUCCUACUGUCCAACAACAACCACAUGGUGGAGCUAGUGACGGAGGAUCAGGAGUAUCUGGACCAUCCCGACAGGUUUGAGCGGUGUCCUCAGGUGGUGAGCAGAGACGCUGUGACUGGUGUCUGUUACUGGGAGGUGGAGUGGAGAGGAAGAGUUUCUGUGGCCGUGACUCUCAGGAGAGACGGAGGGAAAGAAGAUGAGUCUGAGUUUGGACAGAACCUUUAUUCCUGGAGUCUGAGCUGCUCUGAUGAUGCUGGAUAUAAAGUCUGUCACAAUAAGACAGAAACUGUCAUCGAGAGCUCAGACGUCUCUCACAGAGUUGGAGUGUUGCUGAACGCACCUGCUGGAUUUCUUCACUUCUACAGAGUCUCCUCUGGAGCCCGGCCUCGUCUCUGCUCCUUCUUCACCUCCACUGAACCUCUGUACCUGGGAUUUGGACUCAGAGAGGCUCCUGGUUCUGGUUCCUCAGUGUGUGUGUGUGUGUGUGAGGCCUGAGUGUGUUCCUCCAACAAAAUGUUGCUGGUUCAAAUCAUCUCCCCUGCUGACAGUGAGGAAUGAAAUCAAAUUUCAAAAGAGUCUGAAAACAUUUCCCUCCACUGCGAUUGAACAGAAAAUCUAGAUUCUCCUCUGGAUCUUUAUCUUUUCCCACCAAGAUUCCCCACUAAAGUGAUGAGAAUGGUAGCAGUGAGGAAGCGUGCAGCUGAGCUCCUCUCAGGAGGUCAGCAACUGUAACUAGAGAAAUCAUGAAAAAUGACUCGCACUGUACCACAGAGGAGUCUCCACAGGUGAUUUGAAUUCCUCCCAUUAGGUCACUGUUUCGGGUUGGAAAGUUUAUGGCUGAAAAUAGGUAAAUAAAAGGAUUGAAAAAAAUAUGUUGCAUCAAAGGAAGAAGUUGUUGAUGAAGACAGAUUAAAGCAUUUAAGUUAUGUAUUAUAUAUUAUUUGUAAAUGCAUUGCAGUCAUUUAAAAAGCCUAUAAUAACUGCCGACUGUGAAAAUAAAAACUGAAAAUACACCGCAGUCACCUGGCAGAGGGUGAAUCGAAAACGUCAUUUAUUGUACCUUUAUAAAUUUGCUUUUAGUCUGUGCGAGUUUUGCGUUUCUCCCAUCUCAACAUUUCCCAUUGCCUCUUUUAUAAAGCGCUUUCUUUCUCGCCAUUCAACCGACUCUUCAGAAACACUAUGGCGCCCUCUUGCGGCAGAUCUCCUGAACUUUACGUGUCUGUGGUAGAGAAUCAUCAUGAAUUAUUAUUUAAUUUACUUGUUAAAUCUGACAUCUGUGCUGUCACUUGCUCAUUUUAGCUCGAUUUCAAUGUAGAAAUCGAUGUAUUCAUCGACAAUACAUUGUACACUGUUUAACACCAAAAAUAAAUCAAAAUUAAAGAUAAUU